GUGGAGCCUAUCCUUUUGUGAAAGAGUGGUUUGUCUAUUUUGGAAAUCCUCUCCAACAGCCAGAGCUCAUACAGCCUGUACAACCUAUUCCAGGUGGAACACCUAAUUUGAAAACACUGUGGUUUGCCAAAGGACCUGACGUGGAAAAGCAGCGGUAUAGUACAUUUCUGGCAUGCUUUCACCUUCAGGACGAGAUGGAAGAGCUCCAAGCUCUAGAAGCACCUGUUGCAGCAUUUUGCUGCUUGCUGGCCUAUCUUAUGAUGCAGGUCAGUAGCCUCUCUCUGGAGGACUUAAAUGCAUUUGUGGCACUCGUUCUCUGCCUCAAAGCGAAGUCAGCUGCUGAACUGGCAAGUUUGCAGCUUGCACAAGUGGACUCCAGAGGUGUACAUCUUGCUGCUGUCUUUGUUCGUGGCCUUACAACUUUGCUCAUGGCCAAUAGUGCCUGUGGCUUUCCAUUCAGAAUGGAUGAUUUGAUGCCUUGGCAGGUGUUUGAUGGAAAACUUUUCCAAGAAAAAUACCAGCAGUCACACCGAGGUUGCUCUUUGGAAGAGCUUUUGGAAGGCAAUGAGUCUUUGUAUACACCCUUCCAGAAUCUGAAGUCUUUCAUUUGCAAGGCUUGCGUGGCAAAGAAAAGAACAAUACACAGCAGACCAAGAGGGAAUGGAUUUGUCACAGGAACAUGGCAAAGAGAAUUUAAUCCAAGGUUCCAGCAAACACACAGAAGUUCUUUUGUUCCUCCAUAUCAUAACCAGAUGAGGGGGUUCCUAUGGAGAAAUCCUCAACCACAAGGUAGAGAGUAUGGAUCAGGUCAUCCAGACCGAAGGAGAAGAUCCCACGUUCCUUCUCG